UCAUGUUGUUUCCCCUGAUGUUUAAUCAUUGAUGUGAACAUUAACUGAAGCUCUUAACCUGUAUCUGCAUGAUUUUAUUCAUUGUGCUGCUGCCACAUGAUUAGCCGAUUGGAUAACUGCAUAAAUGAGCAGGUUCCUAUUAAACUGACUGGAUAUGGACUGACAGCACCAACCACCACUGUUGGGAAGAUCUUCCUCAUUUUCUUUGGGCUGAUAGGAUGUGCAGCAGCCAUUCUCUUGUUCAACCUCUUUCUGGAACGUGUCGUCACACUUAUAGCAUAUGUACUGAGUAGAUGCCAUGAGCAAAGACUGUGGAACAGCAGGCAAAGAACUGCUACUUCUCAUCUCACCACACAACUAAGUGGCACAGCAAGUAGACAGCAGGGAUGGAAGCCUUCUGUUUACCACGUAGCACUAAUUUUGUUGGCAGUUUGUUUUCUGGUAACAUGUGCUGCAUCAGGACUCUACUCUGCUGUGGAAGGUUGGAGCUACCUGGAGUCGAUGUACUUCUGCUUUGUGACCUUCAGCACUAUAGGUUUUGGGGACAUGGUGAGCGGGCAGCGAGAGCGCUAUGAAACAAGCUGGUUUUACCAGAUCCUCAACAUGUUGGUCCUCUUUCUUGGUGUCUGCUGUACCUAUUCUCUCUUGAACCUCAUUGCUAUCAUGAUGAAAGCAAUGUUGAACUGGAUCCUGGGCAAUGUGCUGUGUUUGAAUUGCUGUUCACGGACUGGUUUGAACAAACACCAGCCUGAUCAGCUCUGCUGGUCUUGCUUCAUGUGUCCUAAAGUUGAAGAAUCUUAUUCGACACAGAUUCAAAUCACCGCCAGCUGUUCUAGCCAACAUUGGAGCUGCCAUGUGAUUAAGCUCAACACAGGGAAAUGCAGAUGUGAGGGUUCUACAUUACAGACUGUGUGCCAGAGUGAGAUGCAUGGCACAGACAAAAAUGUUAUCUGUGAGCACAAGGUGUCAAAGGAUAACAUGACAGAAAAUUCACUUCAUGUGACCAGGGGCUGUCAACAUAAUAGUCUGCCUGAGCUGAUGGGUGGCAUGGCCAUGUUAAAUGACUAUCUGCAAGAGACAAGCCUUAGUAGCUAAUCAGCUACUACUCAAUUUAGACGACAUUCAACUAUGAGAACAAGUUUCAUGAAGCAUAUGGUGAACUCAUCAGGGCUCAUAGUUUUGACUGAAGAAGACUAUUAGACUUUUUGUGUCAUCAAUUUUUCCAGUCUAAAGUAGAUUGUAUAUUUUGGACAGAUACAUUGGCUCAGCUUCUGUUCUGCAUUUCUUCAUGAUCCUCUUUCUAGCCAGUAGAGGGACUUGAUUCUCAGGGACUUGGCAAUAACUUCAAGUUAAAACAAUUUCAGUGUGAAGGAGCGUACACACAAAAAAAUAAAGAAAAACAUUUAAUGAACAUAUAACACAAUUAUGAUUACAAAUUAGACCAUAAUGUUCUGUAUAAAAUAUUUUCACAUAAACAUGACCAUCUUCUUGUGAAGAAAGCGUAGUUUGGGUCUCAAGAUGUUUUACAGUGUUUCUGUGUAUAUAAAUAAAAUAGUAAAAUGCUUUGAUUUAA